UCGAUGAUUGUCGGUGAUGGUUACCGGUGACCUAACCUAUGCUGCAAUUGCGUGACAUUGGAUUUCACGCGUAGAUUCUCGACUGCGAUUGACAUUGACAUAAAAUCACCCACGGUUGUUGCGAAAAUACGUAAGCUUGCAAUGGCUGAGGAGGCGGAACAGUUACCACCGAUAGACGUGAAGGAGCCGCUGGACCUCAUAAAACUGAGCUUGGAGGAGCGAAUUUACGUGAAAAUGAGGAACGAUCGGGAACUACGAGGGAAAUUAUACGCUUAUGAUCAGCACUUGAAUAUGGUGCUGGGUGAAGUGGAAGAGAUCGUGACUGUGGUGGAGACCGAUGAGGAAACGUUCGAGGAGGUCUAUCGCCAGAAGAAGAGAAACAUUCCCAUGCUGUUUGUACGCGGUGACGGUGUGAUCCUGGUGUCUUCACCCACGUAAGAUCUACGUUUGUGAGACCGUGAGACGAACCAUUCGUGCAGUGUGUGUCCUGACAUUACAAACACUUGAUGACAUAGUUAACAUGGAAUUUUGCAUUGUUGGUGUUUGAAGGAUUUACAGUACAUUUGUGAAAUUAAAUGAAAAAGAUCAAGGGAAAUUUAGCAGUUGAUGACAGUCGAAGCUGUUUAAAACAAUAAUGAUAAAUAAUGAAUUGCACAUGUUGUAAGAUUAUAUAUAUUCAUAUCGCAAGAUAAAUUCUGUAAGCGAUGCAAAUAGGUGAUAAUAAAAAGUGUAUUCUUA